UAAUUAGUUAAGAAAAAUGAGAGAUAUAUAUAUUUUUUACAGGAAUGUGUAUAUCAGUUUUAUCAUCACGUCCUUUUAAAACCAACGAGUAUCGAAAAAAACAUCACACGUAGCAUUCGUCUGCCAAUAAUUCGACUUUUUUCUGUGUAUAAUAAUUGUAGAAAUUAUUCUCGAGACAACCAGAAACUAAAUUUGCUGAGAGAGAAAGAUUGGUGAGUUUAUGAAAUGUGCUGAAGAAGAAAAAGUAUGAAUAUUGUGGAAAAGCAAGGAAAUAUUCUCCAAAUUCCAUAAUUAUAUAAUUUGUCCGUAUCUAACGGUAACAACGUGGAGCAAAGAUCGCAUAAAUUGUCGUCGAAGCAAUUGGGAGCAACGGGCGGAGCAUCGAUCACAACGACGACGACGACGACGUCGCAACGUAACGGGGUGAGCGCAAAUGACGAUCCUUUCGUUUCGGAAUCUCAUAUUAACGGCGAUGAGGCGCAGUUCAGAUUCGAGGGAGAUCCGCGCGGAUAAGGAAGGCCGCGCGGAGUCUUUGUGAUGCAAAGAAGCCGUAAAAGCGGGGAGCACUCGUCGAGACGCGCGAAAGGAGGAAGACCCUUCUUUUUUCCUCAUUAAUUAAAUGAUUCCCGCCCACGUCGGGGAAACGUCGAAUGCCAUCCUUAACGAACGCUUCUCUCGGGCGGCGACGCCCGGGCAGCUUCUGGAUUCAUUAAGUCGCCAUUUUGGCAGUCAGCCUCGCGAAUUUUCCGCCUUCGCUUGCGAUUGUGCGAGCGCGAGCGCGCGCGCGCGCGCCACCCUUCUCUCCUUCAUCCUUAUCGGCGAUUGUGUUGCCUCCUCCGCGCCGUCGUAACCUUCGGAUUCAAUGAAUAAACUUUAAAUAUUCCCGUCGUGACCUUCCAUAAAUCAAUGCGGCCGAAUAGCGACAUGCAAGCGUUUCUCACUUCCGGCUAACGGCGGCGUCGGCGGCGCGCGUUUACGCCGCACUUAUCGCGAUAUGUAUCACGUAUAAACAACGAAUCCCUCCCGAGUCUUCUGUCGCGUCAGCAGCGGGAAAAGUGUUGAAGAGGGAAAAAAAAAUCGCAAACGCGGAAAUCUAGCUCGUCCAAGGCUGUCUGUGAUCGGGCGGUGGGGGCGAACACAAUGAGACGUUCGCGGCGAUGAUCCCGGAGACACGUAUCUAUAUAAAUGGAUCGAUUUCCCCGUAGCUACAAUUGCAGUCCCGAUCGGUGUCAUCCUGUGUGUCGUUCGCUAACGGAUAAAGCUGCUAAAACGCUUAACAUGUUUAAACUGAUCCUGAUGGCUAUCGCCUUGGUGGUGGCGGCGGUCACGGGCGCACCGAUGCCGGAACCGGAACCGGCGCCGACGCCGGCACCCGGGCCCCUGCCGCCGCCGCUGAUCGCUCCUUACCCGGUGGUCUACACGGCGCCCUACGUGAAGGUCUACCCGUAUCACCCGAUUCCCUUGGCGUACUACAACAGCUACAAGUGGAUCCCGGGCUCAGCGUACACUUUCUAACAUCGAUUUCGGCUGUCCCGGGUCCCAUAUACCCGGGAUAUGACGCGACGAUCACCGCAACGCGCCAAAUGAUUCUGUAUCGUGGAACGUCUCCGUGGAAAUAAAAUAUUCUAUUGUCGCAAA